AACCCCAACAAAUACCUCCUCCUGAUGUCAGACGAUUCAGACUCCAAGCCCUACCCCUUGCCGGUUCCGGCAGAUCGGGAUGGAGCCUCGGCUUCGAGCAGUUCCGUCUCAAGCGGAGUCUCAGGGUGCAGUCCCAUGGCACAGAUGCGGUGGGUGGGCAGCUACGCCCAGGGCAGACCUGACCUUGGACUGCCCUCCGAGGGCAGCGACAGCAGCGGUCAGGACCCCGCCCUCUCUCCUCACAACGUGCGCAAGACAACGCGUUCUCGGUUGUCCCCCGAGGAGGACGUGGAGAUGAAGAGCAGUGGGUCCAGCGGCAGCGGGACAGAAUCUCAUGGCAACGAGAGUCAUGGCAACGAGAGUCAUGGGAAUGACAGCAACGGCCACGAGUCAAUGGGCAGCUCCAACAGCUGCAGUAAAGACUCGGCAUUGCUCGAAUCUUCAGGCAGCAAUAAAAGCUCCAACUCCCACAGCCCAUCUCCUCCCAGCAGCUCCAACGCCUACAGUCUGCUGAGCUCAGAGCAGGACAACCCUUCAACCAGUGGCUGCAGUAGUCAGGAGUCCGCGAAAGCCAAGAACCAGAAGGAGGUGAUUAAAACGCUGAAGCAGCUCAAACUCCACGUGCCAUCUGACAAGCAGCACAACAGCAAGUCGACCACACUGAGCGCGCUGAAAUACGCCCUGCGCUGUGUGAAGCAAGUGGAAGCGAAUGAGGAGUACUACCAGCUGAUGAUGGUCAAUGACAGUCAUCCCUCUGGCCUGGAUGUUUCUUCUUACACCAUAGAGGAGAUAGACAGCAUCACGUCAGAGUACACCCUCAAAAGCAACGACAUUUUUGCAGUGGCGGUGUCCCUGAGCACAGGAAAAAUCAUCUACAUAUCUGAUCAGGCUGCCUCCAUCCUAAACUGUAAACGAGAUGCGUUCAAAGACUCCAAGUUUGUGGAGUUUCUGAUGCCGCAGGACAUCAGUGUGUUCUACAGCUUCACCACGCCUUACCGCCUGCCGUCUUGGAGCAUGUGCACUGGAGCAGAUCCGUCUCCUUCUGACUGUAUGCAGGAGAAGUCCUUUUUCUGUCGUAUCAGUGGCGGUAAGGAGUUCGAGGGUAAUUUGCGGUACUAUCCGUUCCGCAUGACCCCUUAUCUGAUGAAGGUGCAGGAUGUGGCUCAUGAUGAAGACCAGUUCUGCUGCCUCCUGCUGGCUGAGAGGGUUCACUCUGGAUACGAAGCACCCAGAAUUCCACCUGAUAAGCGCAUUUUCACCACCACGCACACUCCAAAUUGUGUAUUUCAGGAUGUGGAUGAGAGGGCCGUUCCUCUCCUGGGCUACCUCCCCCAGGACCUCAUCGGUACUCCGAUUCUUUGCCACCUGCAUCCCAACGACCGGCCCGUCAUGCUGGCCAUUCAUAGAAAAAUCAUACAGUACGCAGGGCAACCAUUCGACCACUCGUCCAUCCGCUUCUGUGCUCAAAAUGGAGAAUACAUCGUCCUGGACACCAGCUGGUCCACCUUCGUGAACCCCUGGAGCAGAAAGGUUUCCUUUGUUAUCGGGAGGCAUAAAGUUCGCAUGGGCCCCAUGAAUGAGGACAUUUUCAUGACUCCGCUCUCAUCCAUGGGUCACAUGAAGAAUAUGGACUCAGAUAUCCAGGAAAUAACAGAGCAGAUUCAUCGGCUUCUGCUGCAGCCGGUUCACAACAGUGGGUCGAGUGGUUACAGUAGUCUUAACAGCAAUGAGUACCUUCAGGGCAUGACCUCCUCCUCAAGUGAGAGCCUGAACAAUGGAAAAGAAGGAAAAGUGCAACAAAAGGAAGGGGAGCAGACCAUCAAAAGCAGACCUCGUACUUUUCAGGAAAUUUGUAAGGGAAUUCAUCUUCAGAAGAACCAUGAGCAGCAGACGGCAAAAUCAGAACACAAACGAAGCAAUACCAUGUCAGGACAGAACAGCCAGGCGGUUGUACGUCUCAAAGACUCGGCUCCCCCGAUCAGCUGGAGGGAGGCCACCGCCGCCGCCGACAGUCGAGUCUCUUUUCACGAGGAGCUCGGCCUCAACGAUCAGACUGUCUACUCCUACCAGCAAAUCAGCUGUCUGGACAGUGUUAUCAGGUACUUGGAGAGCUAUAACGUCCCUGUCAUCAUGAAGAGAAAAUGUCAGUCAUCCUCCAACACCACCUCCUCUAACUCUGACGAGGACAAACAGAAGAAGUCGCAUGCUGUGCAAGUCUCUGAAGAACCAACCUUAUCGAAGGAUCAUUCCCGUAUUUCUGCUUUGGAUGAUCCUCACAAAAAGACCAGUGACCCCGCCACUGCGGUAGUGGGCACUUCGAUGCCCCUACCAGUGCCAAACAAACCAGAAAGUGUGGUGUCCAUUACCAGCCAAUGUAGCUACAGUAGCACUAUAGUGCAUGUUGGGGACAAGAAACCUCAGCCAGAGUCAGAGAUCACAGAGGAUGUACCUGUUGCAGGAGACAUGCCAGAAUCCAGCCAGAGCAUCAACACUCCUCGUCCAGUUUCACCUCCCAGCCAGGAGAUGGAGUCCUACAAGAAACUGGGUCUGACUAAGCAGGUGCUGGCAGCUCAUACGCAGAAGGAGGAGCAGGCCUUUCUCUGUCGCAUUCAAGAGCUUCGAGGACUCGCUCCCCACAAAGCCAACAGCUCCCCGCCCCUGGACCAACAGAGAGAUGAACGCACCAUCACUGCUGCGCACACUGUUCAACCCAGAAAGCAAGAAGGUCAGAAACCAGAGCCGACGCCGCGCCGAGGAACACGAAACAGGAAGACCAAAACCAAGAGAGCGAAGCUUCUCACUUCUCCGAGCGCCGCGCCUGCCCCUCACAAGGAGCGACCGCAGCAGCUGCCCCCUCCUCAGACGAACAAGAGCCAUGCGCAGACCCCGGUGUCUCCAUCUGAUGCCUCACAGCCCGCUUUCCCCGCACCAUAUCCUGUAAUGCUGCCAGGCUACCCAAUGCAGAUCUACGCCAGAACAGAUUCUGCGUUGUCACGCACAGAAGCUCCGCCACAAGACUUGGGGGAUAACCAGGGUGCCCAACUCCCUUUGUUGUCCCCGGGCGCUCAGUUUGCCCCCGUAACCUCUCAUAUGGUCACACCUAUUAUGGCUUUUGUGCUGCCCAACUACUUAUAUCCUUUAAUUGGACAUCCAGCACCGCCGGUGCCUAUGUAUCAGGUAGACGCUGGGGGUGUCCCGAUGCAAGCGCCAACUUUUGAUCAGACUGCUUUCCCAAGCCACGCCGCCUUCGCAAGCCCACCUUUCGUCAACAGUCAGAACCAGCUCAACCCGACGUUAGCAUCCUACCUGCCGCCGCCUUUCUACUUCCCUUCCUCCCCUGAUGCCCCGAAGCCCCCGGCGGAGGGCCGCUCCCGCUCCUCCACACCGCAGUCUGGUGAAGGUGAAGGCCAGGCGUCCCCGCCUCUGUUCCAGUCCCGCUGCAGCUCGCCCCUGAACCUGCUGGAGCUGGAGUUCUCCGUGGACAGGCAGGACAACGCGCCUCACGCUUCAGUAGGACAAGGGAGUAACGCGGCUGAGAGGGAGAAAGGAGCAAGCGCCAGCAAAGCAAAGGAGAGGGAGAUGAAAGAGCCCUCUCUCAGUCUACUUGGUCCACCUGGACCCUUGUAUUUCCAACCCACAUCCUGUGUCUGUGAGCGUUUGUCUUGGGAUAAAGUGUGGUCUAGGCUUGGGGCUGGCAGCAAAGAGAGGAGCGACGAAGGUAACAACAGCGAUGUCAUCUCAACAUCCAGCGACAUGCUGGACAUCAUCCUUCAAGAGGACUCCUGUUCAGGCACCGGCUCAGCCACCUCCGGCUCCAUGGGCUCCGGCUCUAACGGCUUUGGGACUUCAGCGAGCGGGAAGUCCAAGAGCAGGACGUCGGCCAGCGGCGCCUCGGCCAGUGAGACGUCAGGCAGUUUUUCAGGAAGCAACAACAGCAGUAAAUACUUUGGCAGUGUGGACUCAUCUCAGAGCAGCCAGAAGCUGCUCCUUAGGAGCAGUGAGGAAAGACCAGCAGAGACAGGAUGUGUCCUGCAGGACCCCGUCUGGCUGCUGAUGGCCAACACAGAUGAGAAAGUCAUGAUGACCUACGAGCUGCCCUCCCGGGACACUGGCAGAGUGCUGGAAGAAGACAAUGAGAAGAUAAGGGUGCUGCAGCAAUGCCAGCCCCACUUUUCAGUGGACCAGAGGAAGGAGCUGUGCGAGGUCCACCCCUGGAUACAGAAGGGAGAGUUACCCAAAGCCAUCAACGUUGAGGGAUGCACCUGGUGUGACAGCACCUCAGAGACUGCAGCAACAGUUGGAGUGGAAGACCAGCCAGAUUUGGGACUGGGCGAUAUGGAGACCGGAGAGCACUGCUGCCCCGAGAGGCUCAGAGGCGAACCUUUAACCUCUGCCACGAUCUCCUCUCACUCUAGUCCUCCUUCAAGCUGCAACCCGCGGGCAGAAGAAGCAAAUCAACAGGAGUUUUAAAGAAACUGCUGCUCCGCUGUAAAGAAGAAGCUGCCUUACAUGAGCCGUUUUGCUCUGCGUCGCGGUACAAUCUGUGCAUUUGUAAAAUGUGAACAUCUGCGGUGAUCAAUUUCGUUUUAUUUUUUUAGCUGCAUCAGGCAGGGUCGCUUCGUUGCUUCUGGGAUAAAGGCCGGGCUUUGUGACUCUACGCGUUUAAUGAUUUGCCUUCUUUCGCACAUCGCAGUGCGGCACCUUGAAAGAAUUUCAUGCACUGAUUAUAGGAGAUAAAACAUGUGACAAGGGAACAGCACAAUGCUCAUAAUCAUGCUCAAAGCAUGCCAACAGAUGCCAAGCAAACACAUGCCAGACUGUGAGACAGUUAAUGAAAUCAGUAUUUCAGGACAUUUUCCCAGUUAAGUUAGGUGAGGUGAGAAAAAAGUAGAGGUUUGUUUUUUUGUUUGUUAUUUUAUUUAUUAAUUUUUUUUGUUUAGCAACAAAUUACUUAGGUUCUGUUGUUAUUCAUUCUCAUAAGGUACUGACUGGACAUAUAUGUGCACUUUUUUGGUGCUAAAAGGAAGAAUUAUUGGUAUUUCUACAAUUGCUCAAACUCAUUUUUGGGACUGGAAAAUUCAAACCUGUUAAGCUAUCCAUCAUUUCAGUCCCUUCUCCGCCACAUAAAAACAUGCUCUGAUUCUUGCCUUUAGUGGAGUAACAUGCGGUCCGUCAAACCUGACAUAAAGGCCAGCUAUUCAUAAUAUAUUUUACCUUGUCUGGUUAUUUAAGAAGCUCCAGACUGAAUGUGAGCCUGGUUUGAUUUUUUUUUUUUUUUAAUUGAUUGUUUUAUCCGACACUCUGUAAAUUAUUGAAGCUGAGAGCAAGCUGGCCCAUGGUAGUAAAAUGAGAGUAAUGGGAAGAAAAUGUGCAAUAUUUCCCUCUGAAAUGCCAUAAAGCAGAAACCAUAUCCCACCUAGUGAAAGCACAUGCAAUACUGCAGUAUUUAUUAAGCUGAUCGGAAUAUUUUAACAGGACGUGACUGAGCAUGUGCACAACGCUGCUUUAAACUCGGUUGUAGUGUUUCAGAAAUAUUUUUUGUUUUUCUUCGGAGCCAUGUGUUACCAAACUAUUCUUGAUGUGGGUUCGGCAUAUUUUAGUUAUGAAAUGUAUCAAUUGUUUCAGAUGUGAAAUUCUUAUUUCUUUGCUGAAGUUGCACGGGUUAAUCUUUGAAAACGUCUUUGAGUAUAUACAUUUGUAUAUAUUUUGGAUACAUGCUUUUUGAAAACUAUAUAAUGUGUUUCUUAAAAAAACAAAACAAAACAAAAAAACUAAAUUAUAAAACAGACAGGACCAAGAAAACUAAUGCUGACUGCAAGUCAGAAAGGGAAAAAUAACUGUGUGGUUGUUUACAGUGGAUAAGGUUGGUAGAGUAAGAGAUGACACAAGCUCAUUAUAAGCCAAAAACCUGAAAGGUUUGUUAUUAUUUUAGAAACUUAAGAUGCCUGGGGGGUUUUUAUUUUAUAAUUUCACA